CUAACCGUGAGGCUAGAAACAUGGCUAUAAAGAAGAAUUUAGCAGGCUUUAUUGCAAGGACAGAUGAGAACAUUUACAAGCUGUUGAAGUCACUGACCGUAAAAAAGAUGGAAGACUGCAGUUACGAGGAGUGUAAGAAACUCAUUUUAGAUCACUUGGCCCCUGCACCAACAAAGUUUGCUCAAAGAUACAAGCUAAGAAGCUGUGUACAAGAGGAUGAAGAAACCACAGCGACCUAUGUUUCCAGAUUAAGAACAAUCGCAAAUGAAUGUGAGUUUGCCAACUACAACGAGGCUAUAUUGGAUCAGCUGCUCGCAGGGCUGAGGAAUCAAAAGGUUGUUUCCGAGUUGUUAACGAAGGAUGACUUAACACUGGCAACCGCGGUGAAGGAAGCGUUAAGCCGUGAGCAAGCAAACAGGGAGGCUCAGUUCAUGAAUAGCACGUUAUCACCGGGAGAGUCAUCGAGAUCAGUGAACUUUGUGAAACCAACAUUCAAAAGAACAAUGAAAAACCUCUAUGGGAAGAAGGGGGAAAGUUCAGGUGGUUCGGGUGGAAAGCAGAAAAGUGGAAUGCAAAAGGGACUUAAAUGUAGACGGUGCGGACUUCGUGGACAUAUUGGUGAAAAUUGUCAAGUCCGGUGUCAUAUCUGCAAACGUAUUGGACACAUCUCCAAGAAUUGCAAGCAAAACAGCAUUGUUCACAACAUUGAACAAGGAGAGUCGAGUUCGGAGAGUUAUGAGUUCGGUAUGGAUGAGAAUUGUGAAAAUGUCUUGGACAAUGAGCUUUACCCCGAGUAUGAUCAUGACAAUGAGUGUAAUUCAGUUGAGAUUGAAAAAGGCAAACAUUACGGGUUGCAAACGGACAAAUCAAAACAGUUGACGGCUGUGCUGUAGUUAAUGUAGAGUUGAACGGUGAAAAAGCUCAUGGAAUGCAGCUCUAUGUAGCAGAGGACUUCCCCAGUUUGUUUGGAAGACCGUGGAUUGUAAAGUUCUGUGGACAGAAUUGGCUAGAGAAGCUGCUCAGCACAAAGUUAGUACAUAAUUUAGCCCCAGACAAAUCCCAGCAGGUGUCAGUGAGCUGUGAAAGCUGCUCUGGGAGUGGUGUCGAUAAGGGUGACAUGCUAACCGAUGGUGCGACCGUGAAAAACAGGUGGAAAUGUGAAAACACCUGUACUCGGGUUGAUCAAUGUCGUAGUAUCGCUCAGUUAAAACAGAGCGAGGUGUUU